AGGCGAUCCGAGGUCAGGGGAGCCCGGGCCAGCGGAGCCCGGGCCAGCGGAGCCCGGGCCAGCGGAGCCGCUGCCUCAGGAGCCCCGGACCGGUGCGUACCGUGCGGGCAGUGCCCGGGACCGUGCCGAGGGUCCCUGCCGGACUCCCGCGGAGGGAGCGGAGCGGUGCUUUCCCCCCGGGCGGAGGUCAGGGCUCUCCGGGAUCUCCCGGCGGAGCCGGCUCGGCGGAGCGGGACGCGGUGUCGUCCCCGGGAACUGUUCCCGGAGCCGCUGUCGCCUCGCCGGGACCCGGAGCCAUGGCCGAGCACAUGAUGAUGCCCAUGAGCCACGGGGGCACCGGCCUGCAGAGCUACCGCGUGGGGGUGAGCGGGCUACAGGGACCCCCGCAGCACGGGCAGCAUGUGCUGCGGACGCUGCCCGCCGCCGCUCAGAUGAUGCCCUACGGGGGGACCGGCAUGGACGGGGCGAUGAGGCCAAGACCCGGCCUCGGCGGACAGAUGGGCCACCACCAGAUGCAGAACGCGAUGAUGUUCAAUGGACCGAGUCAGCAGCAGCAGUACAUGGGGCCGGUGGGCACCCAGCAGCUCAUGGCCAGCAUGCACCUACAAAAACUCAACACCCAGUACCAGGGCCACCCGCUGGCCAUGAGCAACGGGCCCAUGGGAGCUGGUGCCCAGCAGUACAGAGUGGGGCCGGGCCAGCACCCGGGCAUGCAGCACAUGCCCUCGCCAGCGCUGACGUUGAAUGUUAUGGACACUGAUCUCAUAGAUGAGGAUGUCUUGACAUCCCUUGUCCUGGAACUGGGGCUGGACCGGAUUCAGGAGCUGCCAGAGUUAUUCUUGGGACAGAACGAGUUCGACUUCAUUUCAGACUUUGUUAGCAAACAGCAACCUAGUGCCAUCAGCUGCUGAGGGGCUUUGAGCUCCUCCUUGUGUCUUGGUGGUUUUGAGUUUGUUUCUAAAUUCUUUCUUCACCUGCCAUUCUCCUCCCUUCCCCUGCCUAGCCCUGUCCUGGAUUCCUGCCCUCCCCGAAGGGACAAUCAUCGGACACUGGCUUGCAAUGGAUUGCUUUUCUCUUUUGUGUGGUUUUUCUGUGUGGGAGUUCCUGAAGAGGGGAUGUUCACCCUAAACAGAGCAAGAUCAGAUCAAGAGCUCUUGCUGUAGAACUGCCUCUGAAUGGCAUUAACAGGAUUUUUGGCUUAAGUAGAAAUAAUGGACUUAUGACUUUCCACAGCUGGGCUUGGAGCACAAGAAGUAAUGGGCAGCUGGCAGUCCUGCCGGGAGCUGGAUUUGCUCAAGGAUUCUGUGGUGCCAGUGGAGGUGAAGGAUCCCAAGAGGGGAUUGUCUCCCUGGUGCAUGGUUUGAACCAGUUUCCCCUUGCAAACAUGGGUGGGGUUAGCUAUUUGUUGGGACGUUUUACUGUGGCAGUAAAUACGUCUUCAGUCGUCUGUUCAGCUCGGGAAGGGACACUUCCCCUCAGCAGGCUUUUUCUAACUCGGCAAAAUAAAGUAUGCCUUGGGGAAGGGUGUGUGUAUGUGCCUAAUGUUCAUCUCCGUGGAACUUCGGAUCUCCAACCUAUACUGCUAAUCAAGUGUAAAAUUUACCGAGUGUUUGAGGUUGAUUCAGGCAUGAGGCUUAAAGCUGCAGUCUGGCUCCACUUUUUUCCACCUCUGAAACCAAAUAAAGACCAUGUAACUGUAUACUCCAGUUCUAAUCUUAUUUAUUUUCCUAUGAUUAUUUAUUUGCAAGGGCUCCUUUUGUUAUUUGGCUUUGGGACUGCUGGGAAAGAUGCCUGGAGAGUACUGCAGCUUUAAGAUGCUGGCUUAGGGAAAAGCAAGCCUGGGAUAGUUUUCAAGCUGCUCUGCAGAAUAGUCAAUUCAACCCGAGAUCCUUAUGCUGAACGCACAGGACUGUAAAUCCAACACCGUUCUGAAUGUGAUAAAGAUGACUCGAUUUCCCAUUCUCUCGCUCAGAGAAGGUGAGAUGUAAAAGCCGGUGGGGUUUGGUUUCCUGCGCUGUCUCCCGUUUCCCGGCGCGGGGGAGGCUCCCGUGAGUUCUGAUUGCUGCUGCCCCCUGGUGCUGCCGGCCCUGGCACUUGGCGGGUCGGAAUGUACGGAUGGAUUUGAGAAUAAAAGCUGAAAUAUC